AUGUUUGAAAUUGGGGGCGUUUAUGUCGACGUGGACGUUUUAAGUCUCCGCCCUCUAGACAGUGCUUUAGGUAGCAAACAGUGUAUUCUCAGCGAGGAGCCGCUGGAGCAUAGCUAUCUGCUGUACGAAAAAAUUGACGGGUUGGUCGGCACUGCUUUCAUGGCCUGUCGACCAAAGCAUCCAUUCUUCGAAAAAGUCACGAACUACUUUCAACGCUUUCAAAUGAGGGAAGGCAUGAAGGACCCGGUAAAAAUCACGGGGCCGUUCAAAUUAGAUACGCUGUAUCACCACUAUUUGCAGGUAUCAAGUUCGCCUAUCUCUGAUACAGAAUUGUACCUCGCCAAGCCAGACAUGUUUAUGCCUGGGUUUGAUCGCAGACGUUCACAAGAACUGGAGGAAAAAUGUAGUGACACGGCUAAGAGAAAAGACGAUAAAAUGAUGGAAACUAUUUGUCGAAAAUUAAAACGCCAAAUGUUUUUACCAAUGGCACCUGUGGAUGCCUACUGCGAUCAUCUGUGGAUACAUUCCUGGAUGCAGCCAGGAACAAUGUUCACAGAUAUCCGCAGUUUACUCAUCAGUGAUUUACAUGCAACACAAGUUGACAAACAGCUAACAAACCUGUUGCAAGAGACUAAAUUUUAA